GUUGCAUCAGCCUCUUUUUUGCUGUGCGUGUGUGUGUGUCAGCUUUAAAAAAUAACGAACGAACUCUGCGAGGAAACUGCGCGCGCUCGACAUCACACAUUGGGAGCCGUUGCGCACACACAGACACGCUUGUAGGAGAUCUCCUUCGCGAAACGAAAAAAAGCCAAGUUGUUAAAUCGCUAUCGUCUCUCGGCCCUCAGUGAAAUUCACAGCGCAGGUUUGUGCGUCUUUUAACCAAACGAAAAAAAAAAUCAAAAGUAGCAGCGUCGUCGUCGUUUGUUUGGGGUUUUUUAUUUUUCCUCUCAAAAGUGGAACGACGAGACGGUAGAGACGAUGCUGAGCAGCAGUAGCCGCAAGGAGACGGAGGCGAUGGCGACGGCGUCUUGUGCCUUGUUGGAAGCGGACGACGAUAGCGAAAUUGUUUCUACAUCGCCGGGAAACGCCGGCCCUCCUAUCGACGCGGCUCACGUUCCCAAGAAACUAUGGCGCCACUCGUCUAUGGACGUCUGCGCCAACCUCGAAGCCAAGAACGAAUCGAAAGUCUUGGUUCUCUACACGGGUGGAACGAUCGGCAUGAUGAGAAACGAGAAUGGAGCUCUGGUGCCCAUGGCGAACGCACUGGAACGAAUGAUCCGAAAGGCCAUCCAUUUGCACGACGAGAAAUACGCGACGGCUCGUUUCGGCGCCGGAAACACCCACAAGGCUCCUUUGGCUCUGCCUUCGCUCGGUCCCGACGCCAAGCGCAUUCUCUACACCAUUUACGAGUACGAGCCGCUAUUGGACUCGUCGAACAUGACAAUGGAUGACUGGAUCAAUAUCGCCAAGGAUCUGAGGCGAUCGUACGAACUCUUUGAUGGUUUCGUCAUCCUCCACGGCACCGACACGCUCUCCUACACGGCUUCGGCGCUGUCUUUCAUGCUGGAGAACCUGGGCAAGACGGUAAUUGUCACCGGUUCGCAGAUUCCCAUUUUCGAAAUCCGGAGCGAUGGAAGAGAUAAUUUCCUCGGGGCUUUGAUCGUGGCCGGAAGCUAUUGCAUCCCAGAGGUUUGCGUCUUUUUCAACCACAAACUCUACCGUGGCAACCGGACGGUUAAACGCUCCAACGGUUCCCUGGACGCGUUUGACAGUCCCAAUCUUCCGUCGCUCGCCCACUUUGGCAUUGACGUACACGUGGAAUACAGAUCUGUUUUUAGACCGGUGACGAUCGAUCGGUUUCGUGUCCAUUCCAUUUUGAAUCGAAAUGUUUGCUUGCUUCGACUCUUUCCCAGUAUCACCAUUCAAACUGUUCGCGCCCUUCUUCAUCCGCCAAUCGAGGGCAUUGUCAUGCAGACAUACGGAUCGGGCAACGUCCCUUCUAAUCGUCUAGAUCUCAUCGAUGAACUGCGUAGAGCUACCCAAAAGGGCGUUUUGAUUAUCAAUACGACGCAGUGUUGUCACGGCGCUGUUCAGGCCAUUUACGAAACUGGGGCAGCGCUGUUGGAAGCUGGAGUCAUCCCCGGUGCCGAUAUGACUCCUGAGGCCGCCCUCACGAAAUUGUCGUACGUUUUGUCGAAAGACGAGUGGGAUCUCGACACAAAGAGGCAAAUGAUGAUGACGAAUUUGAGGGGAGAAUUGACGCUUCCGCAUACGACGCUGGUCAAAGAAAUGGAACUGAUUGAAGCUUUGGCGCGAUCCUUGCACUUGUCUUCCAGUGAAGAAAUGGACCAACUCAAAGAUGUUCUCUUUCCUUCACUCAUUUGUUCCGCUGUCAAGACGGAAGAUUUAUCGAAACUCGAAUCUUUGGAGAAAUACGGUGCUAAUUUGUCUGCGUCUGACAGUGAUGGUAGAACUCCACUUCACGUGGCGGCUGGUGAAGGCCGAUUGUCGGUUGUAGAGUUCCUGCUGGGCAGAGGAGCAUCCGUCCAUUCGAGGGAUCGAUUAGGAAACACGCCAUUGAUGUCGGCCGUGUCGGGUGAUCAUCAGGAAGUUAUAUCAGUUUUGGUCCAGUGUGGUGCUCACUUGACGAAUGGGCCUCACACGAUUGGCGAAAUGCUGUGCAGUUCCGCCGCUAAAGGAAACGUCAAAAGGCUGACCUCGUUGAUGAAAGCUGGAGCUGAUCUGAAUCAACCGGAUGUCAGCAAUCGAACAGCCCUUCAUUUAGCCGUUCACCACAAGCAGGACUCGUGUGUUACUUUUCUGCUGAAGAAUAAAGUGUUAAUCGAUAAGAAAGAUGACUUUGGACUCACGGCAGCAGACGUCGCUCGAAAAUUUAAACAUGAAAAUAUUCUUGAAAUGCUGACGAAUCGCUAAAAGAAAUUGUCUUUUGAAAAUACCUACAGUGUGUAGUACACAACUGCCAUACCGUUAUGCUUCCAAUAAACUUUGUAGUUAUCUA